AUGAGUGUUAAUUCUCCGAACCCGGGUAGAACUUCAAUUCCUGAGAAAAGGGGGGAAGUAGGUGAAAAUGAGAUACAGCAAAUUAUGAAGCUUCUCAAAAAGUCAAGCGCCGAACAGCAGAAAUCCAAUGCCGAUCUCAAGAAGAUGAUCCACCAAGCGUAUAUUGAGCAAACACCGAGACUUGCAGCGUUUCAGGUGGAAAUAACCGCUCAUAGGAAAGAGUGUGUGGAACGAUGGCAAAGGACCGACGUUCUCUUACACAUGGUCGAAGAAGCGAAAGUGACCAACGAUCACCGUAGAUUAGAACAGACUGCCAUAAACGGUUGA